UGCAUAUCAAAUCGCGCUGGAUGCAACACAGAGUGAUGGCAGUGUUGUUGUAGAAAGAAAGUAUCGCUGGCAAAUUUACAGUGGGGCUAGGCCUAGGCUAGGCCUGAUUUGUUUUUGAAAAUUUUUAAAAAUGUCAAGGACUGUGCAAGAAAGAGCGCUGGAGUCAAGUGCCACAAGACGGCUACAACUGAAACUUGAGCACCCAGUUCAAGGUAUCAAUGCUCUUGACUUACAGGCGUCUGGUGAUAAAAAUCAAGUAGUAAUUGCUGGAAGAAAUGUAUUCAAAAUUUUCAAACUUGAGGACCAUAGUUUCAUAGAAAAACUGGAUUUGAGAGUUGGCAAAAUAAACUUGAAUCUAAGCUGUACUGACGUGGUAUGGCAUCCGUCACAAGCAAAUAUAUUGGCAAGCUGUGCAACAAAUGGUGCUGUUGUUACGUGGAACCUAGAUCAUAUGCGCAGGUCCAAGCAGGAUAAAGUUUUUACUGACCACUCACAAACUGCAACCAAAGUAUGUUUUCAUCCCAAAGAACCAAACAUUCUUUUUAGUGGAUCUAAUGACCAAACAGUGCGAACUUUUGAUUUACGUCAGCCAUUAGAAAGUGCCUGCGUUUCUGUUUUUAAAGUUCAAGAUCGUGUUCGAUAUGUAGAAUAUGACCCUCACAACUACUUCACCUUUGCCUCAGCAACAGACACAGGCAACCUAUUGCUAUGGGAUUUGAGAAAAACAGAUAAAUCUAUGCUUAGUUACCCAACGCAUUCUGGACCUUCCUUUGGAAUCGCCUGGCACCCAGAGGAAACAAACUGGCUGGCUACAUGUGGACGAGAUAAAACCAUUAAGAUUUGGAGCUGGGAUGGACAUAGUAAAUACCUAACUCAAGAACAUGUGAUCAACACUUUUGCACCUGUCUCAAAUAUCAAGUGGCGAACUCAGCGAAAACAUCACAUUACAAGCUGCUCUUUAGCAAUUGAUACUAGUAUUUAUGUCUGGGAUAUCCGUCGUCCAUUUGUUCCAUUAGCGAUGUUUGAUGAACAUAAAGAUGUAGUUACAGGACUUGCUUGGAGAGAUGACUCGCACACAUUUAUAUCAGGAGGCAAAGACAGCAUGUUGAUACAGCAUGUUUUUAAAGAUGGCAAAAAAGCAGAAGAAAAUUCAAGUCCAGUAGGCAUCGGUAUGAACAUCUAUGGUACCAUUUGCCAGGCUGUUUGUAAGCAAGUACUUAAGAAAGACACAGUCUCAUCUAGCUACCAGAACACCAGGCGCCCUAUGAUAUUCCGAAGACAAGAUGCAGAACCACAAGCCAAAGAUUUUGACAGUAAAAUACUAGUAUAUGAAACAAUUGAUGAUAAGUUUCCAGAAAUAUUUAUGAAAACAGCAAAACUUUACAAAUUGCGAGGGCUUCCAUUUGAGCAGCUUUGUGAGCACAAUGCUAAUGUCUCCCGUAGCUUAAGCCGUCAUCAGGUAACCCAGACAUGGCUCAUGCUAAAAUUGUUUUAUAUUGAAACAUCAAACACAAUGAAGAAACCUGUUGAGUCUUUUGCAAAGAGUACAGCAGGGGAGAAUCACCUAAAAGGAUUGUUUGAAGCUGAGAAAGUCCUGAACAAGCCAUCAGAUAAAAAGUCAUCAUUGACAAAUGUUACGGGAUUAGACUCUACAACGGGUAUAACUAGUGAUGAAUCACAAAGUGACAGCGAGGUUGAUCCUAAGUUUGCUGUUGCUGCAUGCAACCACAAACAGAAUCACCAACAAGGUGGCUAUUUCUUCCAAGAGAGUGAGGAUGAUGAAGAGUAUGGUGAUAUUCAAGGCACCGAUGGACCCGAUGAAUUUGAUGAGCUACCAUCUGAGGCUUUCCUACCAAGACAUGAGCUCAUUGACAGACCACCUUCACCAACCUUAUCAAAGGAGAGGUCUCGUCCAGAAUCACCAGUCAGUGCUGAAGAAGCUGAAGUCUGCAAUGCAUUUGUUUCCAAGUUACAAGACUCUGUAAUUCCAUCUUACAAACCAAAUUUUUCUGGUCCACAACUCAUGGCCAGGUGUCAACCAAUUAUUGUUGACAUGUUGAAAUUCUAUGCAGAACAGGGAGAUGUACAAAUGUCAGUAUCAGCUCUGAUUGUACUUCAAGACAGAAUCCGGGGAGAAAUAGAUGAUGAGAUGCAGGAACACUGGUUUACUUCUUACAUAGAUCUUCUCCAUCGCUUUAAAUUGUACACCUGUGCCAAUGAUAUCAUCAAACUCUGUAAGUUAGAAAAAGUUGGCAGUAUGAACCAGCUCUCCACAGUUAUCUACACUAAAUGUAACCGAUGUCAACAUGAUCUAGAACAUUGCGGAUGGGCCUGUAGGCACUGUAACCACCAGACAAAUACCUGCUCCAUUUGCCAUCUACCUGUAAAAGGGUUGUACGCAUGGUGUCAGGGUUGCAGUCAUGGUGGCCAUCUUUCGCACAUAUCUGAUUGGCUGAAGGACAACAAAACAUGUCCCACAGGGUGUGGUCACAUGUGCGAGUACAUCUGAAUGAACUGAAUUUCAAUUAUCAAUUGAAGCAUUCCGGUCUUCAAUCAGCCGCUGCUCUUCCAUUAACGAGAGCAGUUUAACUCAGUCGGCUAAACUGGUGGUAGCCACUGUGUGCACCGUUGAGAUCUCUAGGUCCCCGGUUCAAUUCCCAUUGCUGCCUUUCCUUGUCUUUCAGCUGGGGGUCUGAAAUGCAAGUUAAAUGAAAUUGCACUAUCUUUCGGAUGAGAUGUUUAAGCCGUUGGUCCCAUGUGCAUAAUUAUUAACGCAGAAAACUAUUCGAAAUAAAGUAGGGGAUUGUCUACCGUUGUGCUGCCUAUGCACCACCAGAAGGACCCUACUGGAAAUAAGUCUUCUCCUGACUUUCGUAGGUUAUCAUUGGUGUUUACAUUGAAUAAUCCAUCCAUCCCAACUACUGUACUAGAGUAUGGAAGCAUCAUCAUUAGGUCUUCUAUCAACUAAGAGAGUAUGAUUAUUUAUGUGUCAAAAGCAGCUGUAUUGG